AUGGCAUCCUUGAGCGGCAACUCCACAGGCAACCAAGCUGGCUCGGCUGGCACAGGUAUACUCGCCCAAUCUAGCAAUUAUAGCACGGAAAGUCAACAAGCCAAGUCAACUGGUACCGGCGGCUCAUCAAUCGUUGAGCACUACGUUGACAGCAGUCAGCGUCCGAAUACUAUGUACGGAAAGGCUCCAGGCAAGCGUUGCCCAAAAUGUCAAACAGGGGGUUCCGAAGUAUGGGUUUUAUGUGGACGCGACUGCCCAUAUUGCGGAACUUACGUCGAAUAG